AUGAACGACAGUCUGGGAGCGCUGUUGGCCAUUGUCGUCCUUUGGUCUAUCCUGCGCUUUGCAUUCGGCGGUGGCAACAACACCAACUCGAGCGGUGGUAGCCAGGCGCCAGCAAUCAAUACGGCUCGUACCCGCCAGGUGCCCCAGCACAUGGUUGACUCGGUCAAGACGCUCUUCCCGCACAUCUCAGACGCAUCCAUUCGCUACGAUCUCCAGCGCUCGGGCAGUGUCGAAGCCACUUGCGAACGCAUCCUGAACGAAGGCGGUCUCCCUUCUCCGCCAGCGGGCUUCUUUGGCACCGCCGAGCCUUCGACUCCAAACAACGCGGCUGCUCUUCGAGCGCAGAACACGAACCACACGACUGCAAAUGGUGCCGCUUCCAGUUCAGCGUCGAGUCUCAGCACGCCCAGCAAGUCUCCAAAUCUCAUCUCUCGUUUUGGUCUGCAGUCACGCUUAGCCACAUCCGACGAUCUGCCGUCCACUCCGCAGUCUCACAUGAGCACCAGCAGUCAAGGCAGCCCAGGCAGCUGGGCCACCACACCGGAAGAGCGAGCAAAGUUGCUCAAGGAUCGGAAGGAGCAGAUGAUUCUCGAAGCGAGAAAGAAGAUGCUCGAGAGGAGCCGUCAAGCAGCCAAGCAGUCUGCUGCGGGAGCGUCAGCAACUUCUACUUGA